GUGGCGGAGCUGAUGGCUGACGACGACCCCGGCCCUAAGAAAAGUCGAUGCGGCGGGAGUUGCAGAGGGAAGAAGGAGGAGGAGGAGGAGAGCGCUGAGAACCCUCGACUCCCUCGUCUCUCGAAAUCCUAUCUCCAUGGCGGCGAUUGCCAACCACAGCGUCGUUUCUUCGUCGGGCUGCAACACUCUGUCUCCUCUUCGUCGCCGCGGGUCGAAGGGCGUCUCGCUUCGUUUUCACGAUUCCCACGGGGAUCGUCCCUCGCUUCGGUCGUCGUCCUUCAAUCCUCGUUUUCCUUCUUCGAAUUCGUCUAUUCAUCUUUCCGUGGGAACUCGAAGGACUUGCGUCGAGCCGGUGAGGCUUUCGGCGAGUUCCGCCCAGACGAUGGAGCCCGCGAAGCCUGUUUCGAGCCCGACGCUCGAGACGAUCGUGGACGUUGAUCUGGGGAGCAGGAGUUACCCUAUCUACAUUGGGUCCGGCCUUCUUCGCGAGCCUCAGUUUCUUCAGAGGCAUGUUAAGGGGAAGAGAGUCCUUGUUGUGACAAACACCAAAGUUGCUCCUCUGUAUCUUGACAAAGUCGUAGACGCCUUAACACGUGGAAACUCGAACGUUUCAGUUGAUUCUGUAGUUCUACCAGAUGGGGAGAAGUAUAAAGACAUGGACACUCUGAUGAAGAUUUUCGACAAGGCCAUUGAGACUCGUUUGGACCGCCGUUGUACAUUUGUCGCUCUUGGAGGUGGUGUGAUUGGUGAUAUGUGUGGUUAUGCUGCUGCAUCUUUCCUCCGUGGUGUUAACUUCAUCCAGAUUCCAACUACACUUAUGGCUCAGGUCGAUUCUUCCGUUGGUGGUAAAACUGGAAUAAAUCAUCGGCUUGGGAAAAACCUAAUUGGUGCCUUUUACCAACCACAAUGUGUGUUAAUAGAUACAGACACAUUGAAUACGUUGCCUGAUAGAGAACUAGCUUCUGGGAUUGCUGAAGUCAUCAAGUAUGGUCUGAUCAGAGAUGCACCCUUUUUCGAGUGGCAAGAGAAGAAUAUGCAGGCUUUAUUAGCGAGGGAUCCAAGUGCUUUGGCAUAUGCCAUCAUGCGUUCAUGCCAAAACAAGGCAGAGGUUGUCUCAGAAGAUGAAAAGGAAAGUGGAAUGCGUGCAACUUUGAACUUGGGCCACACAUUCGGGCAUGCUAUAGAAGCAGGUUUGGGAUAUGGCGAAUGGCUUCAUGGUGAAGCUGUUGCAGCUGGAAUGGUUAUGGCUGUCGAUAUGUCACACCGCCUUGGCUGGAUUGAUGCUUCAAUUGUGGAGCGGGUCAUGCAUAUCACAAAAGAAGCUAAGCUCCCUACCGCACCUCCAGAUGGGAUGACGGUUGACACAUUUAAGAAUUACAUGGCUGUUGACAAGAAGGUUGCUGAUGGACUGCUGAGGCUAAUUCUUUUGAAGGGAUCACUUGGCAACUGCGUUUUUACUGGAGAUUAUGACAGAAAGGCCCUCGAUGAGACGCUUCGUGCCUUCUGCAAGUCCUAGUUUCUUGCCACGACGAGAUUGAGUCUGUAUGUUGAAGCUACUUCUCCUGUGAUCUAGGAAAAUUCUUGCAUGUUUAAGUUGCAACUGAGUUGUGCCUGAAAAUGUAAAGGAAAACGCAUGCUUGACCAUCGUCAUCCGCCCUUGUCACCCUGGUUACUACCAGGUCCUUUUCGAGUAUUCAGCUCAUUUUAGGAAUAACAGCAACGCCUGAAAUCCUGGGUUUAUGUAAUCGUACUGAAGCCUUGGUCUUCAGUCUCCUGUAUCAAGUUCCCUCCCUCAUGUUUCCAAGAAGUUGCCAGUCAAUCAAAAAUUCGAGAUUUAGAUA